AUGGCUGCCGCUCGUACACUUCGUAUUGGUCUCAUCCCCGGAGACGGUAUCGGACGGGAGGUCAUCCCGGCUGGUCGUCGUCUUCUCGAGUCUCUUCCCUCUUCCCUGAACCUCAAGUUCAACUUCGUUGACCUCGAGGCUGGCUACGACACUUUCCAGAAGACCGGAACUGCUCUGCCCGACAAGACCGUCGACACUCUGAAGAAGGAGUGCGAUGGCGCUCUUUUCGGUGCUGUCAGCUCCCCCAGCACCAAGGUCGCUGGUUACUCUUCCCCCAUUGUCGCUCUGCGCAAGAAGCUCGACCUCUUCGCCAAUGUUCGCCCCGUCAAGACUACUGUCGGUAGCAGCAACGGUAACCCUAUCGACCUCGUCAUUGUCCGCGAGAACACCGAGGACCUUUACGUGAAGGAGGAGCGCACCACCGAGGGCCCCGACGGCAAGGUCGCCGAGGCUAUCAAGCGUAUCUCCGAGCGUGCCUCUAGCCGUAUCUCCACCAUCGCUGGUGAGAUCGCUCUCCGCCGCCAGAACAUCCGCGCCGCUGCCCCUGCCACCUCCACCCGCAACCAGGCCAUGGUCACCAUCACCCACAAGUCCAACGUCCUUUCCCAGACCGACGGUCUCUUCCGUGAGACCGCGCGCAAGGCCCUUACCGCUGAGAAGUUCUCUUCCGUCCACAUUGAGGAGCAGAUUGUCGACUCCAUGGUUUACAAGCUCUUCCGCCAGCCCGAGUACUACGAUGUCAUUGUCGCCCCUAACCUGUACGGUGACAUCCUGUCUGACGGUGCUGCUGCCCUUGUCGGCAGCUUGGGUCUCGUUCCCAGUGCCAACGUCGGUGACAACUUUGCUAUCGGUGAGCCCUGCCAUGGCAGUGCCCCCGACAUCGAGGGCCAGGGUAUCUCCAACCCCAUCGCUACUCUCCGCAGUGUUGCUCUUAUGCUCGAGUUCCUGGGUGAGGAGCAGGCUGCUGCCAAGAUCUACGCUGCCGUUGACGGCAACCUGGAUGCUGCUCAGUUCCUUACUCCUGACAUGGGUGGCAAGGCCACUACCCAGCAGGUGUUGGACGACGUCCUGAAGAGACUGUAA